AUGUCCCAUAUCGAAAUCAUCGAGGUACACCGGUACUAUCCUAAUGGCAUCAAGCGGAUAAUUGGCCGUGGUGGGGAAAGCUACAUUGGUGUUGUCGAUGAAUCGACAGUGCUGAAGUACCCGUGCAUACCGGGCAUAACCAGCAAUCUUCGAGUAGAGAGUCAACUCCUCGAGAUAUUAGGUAACCAUCCUCGAAUUAUCGGAUCGAAAGGCCUGAACAAUGAUGGCCUACGCCUUGAAUAUGCAGUAAACGGAGAUUUGAAUAGCUAUAUCACAGCAAACCCCGCCACAUCUCUGGACCAAAGGUUGCGAUGGUGUAGACAAGCUGCUGAAGCGGUGGAGUACUUACACAAGAAGCGAGUCAUCCACUGCGAUAUCAACCUGCGCAAUCUCUUACUUGACGAAAAUCUCGAUCUCAAGCUCGCAGACUUCCAGGGAAUGCAUAAACCGUGUGAUGGGACCGUUCUACUUGAUGGCUUGUCUCGAGAGUGUACCAAGUCAUUCCUACCGCGAGUCCAUGUUGAUUACGCCGACGUGGAAACAGACCUGUUUGCUCUCGGAUCCGCGGUCUACUUCAUCAUGAUGGAGCAUGAAGUUUUCCCGGACUUAGACAGCGAUAAGGAUAACGAGGAGAUUGAGCGCCGGUUUCGAAGCGGCCAAUUUCCGGUCGAUAUGCAAGUGUGUAGUGCAAUUACGAGCAAAUGCUGGACGCAAGAGUACGGCUCUGCUCAGGAGGUUGUUGACGACAUCGCGGUUGUUCAGAAUAACAUAGCCGCUACGUUAUCCUGUGAUAACCUGAGAUUAGCAGCAUGA